CCUCUGCCUACCCUCACCCACGUCUCCAUCUUCUUCACAUACUCAAAGCAAAUAUAUUAAAUCAUCUCAAAGCUUUACUAAUUAUAAUUAUUACUUUAAUUAAUUAAUUAAAUAAAUUAACAGGUUGCAGGUUCGUACCAUGUCGUCGUCUAAUUCAGGGUCAUCAUCAUCGUCGGUCCCGCGGUCGCCAUGGCAGUCUCCGGUGCCGUACCUCUUUGGAGGACUCGCUGCCAUGCUCGCCCUCAUUGCCUUUGCCCUCAUCAUCCUCUUCUGCUCCUACUGGAAGCUUUCUGGAUAUUUCCAAAACAACAACCUCCAGGAAACUACCGCCGGAGAAGCUGACUCCGGCGACAAAGCUCCGCCGGCGGAGGCGGCCGCGGUGGAGGAGAAAUUCCUGGUCAUCAUGGCAGGCCAAGAUAUGCCAACUUUUCUUGCCAGCAAAGCUCCCACCUCCUUUAAUGGCAACAGCACUUUUACAGACAAUAUGAAGCCAUCAGAGGAAGAUUUGGAAGAGAAGACGACGAAGAAGAAGGAGGAAUCAAAUCGACGGCUGAUUGAAAUGGAACGUGAUUCGGCAGCAGAUCAGGUCCGUUGAUUUUUUGGCUUCAUGGGACUGUAAAUCAUUAUGAAUGUGAAUAUUCUCCUUUUGUAUAUUGUAGUUGUUUUC